AUGAGACACAGGAUCACCGCAACUCACAGGAUCACCGCGAGCUCACAGGAUCACGCAGCUCACAGGAUCACCGCAACUGACACAGGAUCACCGCAGCUCACAGGAUCACAAGCUCACAGGAUCCGCUCAGGAUCACGCAGCUCACAGGAUCACCUGAGACACAGGAUCACACAGCUCCAGGAUCACCCGAGACACAGGAUCACCGCAGCUCAGGAUCACACGCAACUCCAGGAUCACAUAGCUCGGGAUCACCUCACAGGAUCACCGCAAGUCACAGGAUCACCGCAACUCACAGGAUCACCGCAGUCACAGGAUCACCGCAACUCACAGGAUCACCGCAGGUCUAGGAUCACCACAACUCACAGGAUCACCCGCGAGACACAGGAUCACCACCAACUCACAGGAUCACACCCAGCUCUCAGGAUCACCCAUGAGACACAGGAUCCCUGCGACUCACAGGAUCACCGCGAGACACAGGAUCACCACAACUCACAGGAUCACCGCGAGACACAGUCACAUCGCGAGACACAGGAUCACGCAACUCACAGGAUCACCGCAGCUCACAGGAUCACCGCAGCUCACAGGAUCCGCGACUCACAGGAUCACAAGCUCACAGGAUCAGCGAGACACAGGAUCCCGCAACUCAGGAUCACCGCAGCUCACAGGAUCACCCGAGACACAGGAUCACCUCGCGACUCCAGGAUCACCGCGAGACACAGGAUCACCGCAGCUCACAGGAUCACCAUGAGACACAGGAUCACCGAGACACAGGAUCACCCGCGAGACACAGGAUCACCUCCAGUCACAGGAUCACCGCGAGACACAGGAUCACCGCUACUCACAGGAUCACCGCGACUCACAGGAUCACCGCGACUCACAGGAUCACCGCAGACACAGAUCACCGCUACUCACAGGAUCACCGCGACUCACAGGAUCACUGCGACUCCAGGAUCACCGCGAGACACAACAUAA